AUUAAGGACUGCUAUUCCUGUUUUUGUCUCUCAGGGAUUCAGUUUCGUCUCCCUUCUUCCUGUAGUGUGGACCGCGCUCAGCCACCUCCAGUGGUAUCAUAUCCUCCCAGUUACAAGAAGACUCCACCUCCUGUGCCCCCGCGCACCACCACCAAGCCUCUUAUCUCUGUGACAGCCCAGAGCAGUACAGAGUCCACCCAAGAUGCCUACCAGGAGGGCAGGUAUCCACGGGGCGGUCUGUGGACCACCGACAGCCUCGGUCGUCCCAUCUACAGCUCCAUGGACAGCCUGGACAGCACCAAGGCGGUCACCAUGGCCAUGGAGUCAGCAGCAGGCAAGAGGCAUGCUUCUUUGGGCAGUCACACCUCCGUCCAGACAUGCGAUAAAGCAGUGCUGGUGUCCAAGGCUGAGGAGUACCUCAAAACCCCACGCUCAUCUAUUGGGAUACAGGUGGAAACUGUGACAGACUCUGAGACUGAAAGUAAAGGCCUUCCUCAGUUCCAUUCGAUAGGCAUCCAGGUGGAGGAUCACAAACGGCAUGGGAGGUUCAAGCGCUCCAACAGUGUGACCACUGCAGUACAAGCAGACAUGGAGUUGGAGGGCUUUCCCUCCAUGGAGGACAAGGGCCUGCAGUUCGGUGGAGGCUUCGGUCGCCACUCCGAGCCCAGCACGCCCACGCAGUAUGGGGCCAUCCGCACGGUGCGCACACAGGGCCUGUUCAGCUACAGGGAGGACUACCGGCCCUCCAGCGGGCACUCCAGCCCUCAGCCUGAACCCUGGCUGGUCCAACCCAGUCUGGAGAGCACCGAGACGGGCCGAGUGUCCCCCCUCCGCAGGGACGGUAGCUGGUUCAUGCAGCUCCUUCACAAUGAAACCAAGCGGCUGGAGGGAUGGUGUAAAGAGAUGGAGAGAGAAGCAGAGGAGCAUGACCUGACGGAGGAGAUCCUAGGAAAAAUCCGGAGUGCGGUGGGAAGUGCUCAGCUACUAAUGUCUCAAAAGUUUCAGCAGUUCUACUGGUUAUGUCAGCAGAAUCUGGACCCCAGUGCCAUGCCCAGACCCACAUCUCAGGACCUGGCUGGGUUCUGGGACCUCCUGCAGCUCUCCAUCGAUGACGUCACUGCCAAGUUUGAUGAGCUGCAGCAGAUCAAGAGCAACGGUUGGCAGCUGGUGGAGAGCCCAGAGAAGAAGGAGCGGAAGUGGCCCCCACCUCUUCCAAAGCGGCCAUCAAAGGGCCGUGGCGGCAUCAUGCGGGAGCGCUCUCUGGACCUUCAGGACCGCCAGCGACAGGAAGCGCGCAGACGCCUCAUGGCAGCCAAACGAGCAGCUUCUUUCAGACAGAACUCAGCCACAGAGAGGGCAGACAGCAUCGAGAUCUACAUCCCUGAAGCCCAGACGCGGCUUUGAGGUCCACAGAUUCACCCUUAGCCCCUGUUGUCCACUUCCACUCAACACCAGCUCGUGGAGUCACAUCCAGCCUGCUGUCACCAUCUGUCACUGCUCGCCCAGUCUCUCAUCACCCGUCGCCAUUCUCUGGGUUGUCACAACUGAAGCUACACUAGGCAAGAGAUCAGUUGUAAAUGCAUCUUUUUUAUCAGCUUCAGUCACAAUGUGGCACUGCCAUAGGAACAUAAUGCCCCAUUUCCCCUGAAAGAGUAUUAAUACAAGAAUUAAAACAAAGUUCAAUACUAGGAAAACUGGACACACCAAUUUAAGACAUUUUGCCUAUUUUUCAGUAAAAACUGAUCCCAGGUCAGCUGGAUUGGUGAGCAUGAACCACUACCAUUUGAAGUUGCCUAGUGUAGCUUUAAACCUACAUGGUUCUGCAUCAUUAGAAUGAGCUGCUAUAUCCCCAAAAUAAACAUUUCACCUGGUAUUUAUUUCCAUCCCUCAUAUAUAUAUAUAUCAAGUUGUUAGUUUUUUCCUCAUUGCCAUUAAAGCUGAAACUCCAGUCGUCUCCAUAGUUGCCAUUGCGUCACUCUGAGUAAGGGGUAAGGCUACAUCGUCCACAUUCAAAGUGAGACACGCAACUCUUCAAACGUUU